AAUACUUUUUACAAAACUUUUCAUUUAAAGAAUAUUAAACAUGUUAUUUUGGUAUUUAUUAAAUUGGAUUACAUUUUUUAUGUAUAUUUCAUUUGCCGCAUUAUCCUUACUUAUCACUCUAUAUUGCAUAGCAGAAUUCAUAGAAGAAAACACUAUAUUGGCUGCAAAAAUAAUCAGAUACUUGAUAUUUUUAACUUUAUUCAUUCAUAUUUGUUUUUGGAUAUUUGAAAAAGAUAUACCUUUAACAUUAAUAAUCGCUGGGAUAGUAUCUCAAAUUAAUAAUCUGUUUAUUCUAAAAGGGUUUCCAUUUAUAAAUUUUUUAUCAAUAAACUUUAUAGUUGCAAUCAUUUUUGUUAUAAUCAAUCAUUAUUUGGCGUUUGCAUUUUUUUUUCACACAAAUUAUCCUUUAUUUGAUGUUUUAACGUUUUUCACAUUUUGUGAAUGGCUAGUGCCCCUAGUUUUUAUGUUGUCAUUAUCAGCUGGAGAUUAUAUACUACCAACUACGUCAUCACAUGCUAUUAAUUCAUAUUAUAGAACAAAAGGAUCAGAUGAAACAAAUUCCUUUAUUUUAGGAAAUGUAAAUAAUUAUGAUAAAAUAUCAAAACCUGAUGUAGUAACAAAUUAUUUAAACCAAAAAAUCAACAAAAAUGGAAUAUUAUCAGUUUUCAAAUAUAUGAAAGAAAAGGUAUUACUACCAGAUCACAAAGCUUUUGCAAAAAAAUUCUGAUUUUAUUUUAUGAAUUAUGCUAACUUUAAAAAUAGUAUAAUACACAAUAUGUAUAUAUUUAUUAUCGA